AUGGCAACCCCGAAAGGACGGAAGAAGUCGGAUAAGGAGAAAAUCGAUGAAUCCUUUUCGGAGAACAAGGACUCGCCGAAGAAGUCCAGGAAUACCGUGUCGGAGGAGAAGGUUUCGAAAAUGCGCGCCUGUCUGUCCUGCCGUUUGUUGCGAACGGAAGCGGAGUUCUACCAGAACGGCUGUAGCAACUGUAAGUUCCUGCAAAUGGCCGGAGACCGACACCGUAUCCACGACUGUACAACCGAGAACUUCAAUGGAUUCAUGGCAAUAACUACCCCGACAAAAUCUUGGAUGGCUCAAUACAAUGACCUCAGCAAGUACGCCCCGGGGUUUUACGCGUUGCAGGUGGUGGGGGAGUUGCCCGAAUCGAUAAGGGACUUGAAGUCGAACUAUUAG